ACAGAACUCUACGUGAUAUUUAUGCGACGCUUGCAUUUCUAAAACGACAGAAUGCAGAUAUCUACAAUCAAAAUGAUCAAAUAUUGCAAAUUAUAAAGGAGAUUAACAACUCUAUUGUAACAUCUAAAUCAAAUGAAAAAUUACAAUUGCCUUGUACUCUACCAAUGACAACAUUAGAAGAUAUUAUAAAAUUGGAAGAAUAUCUUGAAAAAGAAAAAAAUAUUUUAAAUCUGGGAUCUUAUUUGUCAACAAUUGGAGGCCGUGGAGAUAUAACAUCGAUAACGAACAAAAUACUUCGUCGUCUUCUUUCGGAUACAAUAGCAUCAUCUUACAGCUUCUUCGGAAAGCGAAACAAUAAAAAGUCUUUUGCAAAUUUGAAGCUUAAUAAUGUAGUGAUAACGUCUGUUCAAAAAGCUCUACCCAAUACUACACAACACGAAGUAGAAGACAGCAUAAAAGUAUGGCUAAAACAUGCUCCGCAACGCUUUUCUAUUAAAGCAAAUAAGAGCAAGUAAAAGUUUUUUUAUACAUUACAAAGUAAUAACUAUUUAUUCGUAACUGUAGAGAAAACUGCCACUAAUUUUACCAAAGACAAUUAGUAUUAAGUUUUAUUAACUAUUAUUUUAUUAUUACGCAUAUUUUAUUUUUUUUCUUUUGUAAUAAAAUACAAAUUGCAAUAAUAUGGCUGCUAUAAGAAAAAGAAAAAUGAAACUGUUUGUAGGAAAAUUUUAUCGUAGAGUUACUAAAGAUAUUGUAGACUCAAGGCAUUCAAUAUUUACUUUUUUAAACAAAGAAAGAUGUCAUAAUAUCGAAUUAUCAAAUUCACCUGUAAACAUAUUAUCGAAUGAAGACAAUUUUUGUUUUGAAAACAAUAUUGAUUUGGAAGUUUCAAAUGAAAUAUUAAUUUCUAACAACCAAACUAUAAAUGAAAAUUCUAUGAUAAAUAUUAAAUCUACUAAAAUACUUUCUGAAAACAUUUGUAGUGAAACAAAUACAACUAAAAAAUUAACAUUUUAUAACGAGACAAAAA